GAUGACAGUUUCUGUUUCGGCCAAAUACACAAAAGUACACAUUCACUAUUCUGUCAAAUUAAUCCCAUCCGAAAAAAUACCCCUUCGAAACAGAAGAAAAAAAGAUUGAUGGACAAACGAGCAAAGAGAGUUAUAAAGACUAGAAAGUGGCGGACAGGAGUACAUACAGCAAGCUGGCGAUUCGGUUAGAAACCUCCAAAGACGAAGAGAUCGAAACGAUAAUACGUCCGCGCUGGUGGAGUGGCGGAGUGGCAGGUGCUGUGGCGCAAUGUUUUACGGCACCUUUCGACCUCAUCGAGGCGCGAAUGGUGGUCAUCAAGAAGGACAGAGGCAUGGCUUCCAAUCUCCAACGGGCUAUUCGAACACAUGGAUUCAUUUCGCUGUACGACGGCUUGAGUGCCCAGUUGGUGAGACAGCUGACAUACACAUCGCUUCGGUUUCACCUGUACGAAAUGGGAAAGUCGCACUUGGAUGAUCCGGAUGGCUUGUUGGAUAAAGUGCUGGUGGCUGGAUUGGCUGGUUGUGUGGCUGGUGUGGUGGGCACACCCAUGGAGUUGAUCAACACCCGAAUGCAGGUGAACCGUGCGCUUCCCAAGGAAUCGCGGUGGAACUACCGAAACCUCUUCGAUGGACUGUACCGCGUGACCAGGGACGAGGGCUUUACCAAGUUGUACAGCGGAUGCUUGCUCUCUUUCAUGCGGUCUAGCUUCAUCACCAUCAGCCAAAAUGCGGCCUACGAUCAGGCGAAGCAGAUCUACGCGGAAUGGUUCCACAUGAAGCACGACAACACGUUGCUGCACCUGAUAAGUUCCGUGACGGCUGCUUUCAUCUGCGGCCCCAUCAUCAAGCCCAUUGAGAACUUGAGAUACCUCAGGAUGGUGGAUUCCAGAAGAUUCAUACAUUCCAUUUCGUAUAUGAUGCGCUUCGGAUCGCGAGGACCUUUUCGCGGUAUUGUGCCCUACUUAUUGCGAAUGGUGCCCAAUACGGUCAUUACGUUUUUAAGUUUCGAGCAGCUUCGAGUUAAUUUUGGGUACAUUGAGGAAAUUGAGGAUGAUAAAUGAUAGCGAGAAGCAAUGUGUGUCAGCAAGAGUAUUACCUU